AUGUUUCCUUUGGCAAAGAGUAAUAAGGCAGAGCCACUUCUCUACGAUGUUAGAUUACAUGGUACUGAGCACGAUGUGGUGCUUUUGAAAGGAUCUCCAGAUGAGGCCUCCAGUGUAUUGCUAUCAGGAACUGUCGUAUUAUCGGUACGAGAACCAAUUCAAAUUAAGAAUCUAUCAUUAAAAAUGACUGGUAAAAUACGUCUGAACGUUCCAGUUCAAUAUCAGGGUCCUAGGGGACCUGCACAGCGGCACGUUAGGUAUGAAAGGACGUUUUACGAACACACAUGGGACAAUCUUAACAUCAACAGUUAUUUUGAAAAUCUUUACGAUAAUUACGGUAAAAGGGCUACUAUCAACAGUAAAUCUUCAGGGAAUUUAGCCGAUUUGCAUAGAAGAUCUAAAUCUUCGACAAGCUCUUUGAUAUCAUUAGCCGGAUUGGGUUCAUCGUCAGGUUCUCAUAACCAUCAUCAUCAUCAUACCCUACUCCAGGGCAAUUACGAAUUUCCAUUUAGUGCAAUCUUACCAGGUUCAUUAGUAGAAAGUGUAGAAGGUUUACCCAAUGCAUCGAUAACUUAUAAAUUGGAAGCAAAUAUCGAGAGGAAUAAGUUUUAUUCAGAUUUGAUUUGCAAGAAACACAUUAGAGUGGUGAGAACUUUAUCAACGGAUGCUGUCGAGUUAUCAGAAACUAUGGCUGUGGAUAAUACCUGGCCUAAUAAAGUGGAUUAUUCAAUUUCUGUGCCCGCAAAGGCUAUUGCCAUUGGAUCUUUGACACCGAUUCAUAUCGAAGUGGUUCCAUUGAUGAAAGGUUUGAGGUUAGGCCCCAUAAAGGUUACCAUGAUUGAAAACUCUCAGUACUGUGGUAGUUUUGGUAAUGUGGCAACGCAGGAAAGGACAGUCUGUAAAACAAAGUUGAAGGAUCCUCUGGGCCAUGUUAAUAGGGGGCCACGAGAUCCUGAAGAGGAAGAAUUAACUUUUCAAGAUCGUUGGCAAGUCGAUACUUUUUUGCAAGUUCCUACAAGUCUUUCCAGAUGUACACAGGACUGUACUCUAUUGAACAGUAUUAAGGUUAGACACAAGCUUAAGUUUGUCAUAUCUUUAAUCAAUUCAGAUGGCCACGUAUCAGAAUUACGUGCAUCUUUGCCGGCACAACUUUUUAUUUCACCAUUUGUUGCAUUGACUGUAAGGAAUCCACUUAGACCAGAGUAUGAAAAUGGUAAUGGUUCAAGUUCAUCUAGUAGGCGUACUUCAUUGGGUGAUGAAGAAGGUGAUGAAGACGUGAUUUUUGCCAAAACUGCAUCUGAAUUAGAAUUGGCAAAUUUGAUAAACAAUUGGCAAGUACCUUCAAGCGUACCAGAUUUAAUGUCACCGCCAAAUUAUGAAAGUCACAUUUACGAUAGGCUUUGGAAUGAUGUUUCCGUUCCCGACACACCUCAUGGUUCAGGGACUCAAACACCAAUAGAAGGACAAUCCAUUGGUCAAGUUUUAGACAGUCAACAAAAUGUGGAUGAAUUAGAAGAUAACUUGAUGAGACUACAUUUGCAAAGACAAGAGGGCCGUAAUCGUUCAGCUUCAACUUCUAAUGUUAUUCCCGGGAAUCCCGCAAAGAAUCCACAAGAAACUACAAUUGAGGGAGCAUCGAAUGGUAAUGCUAAUGCUGCUGUUGUUCCUGCGGCUACUUCUCCUGCUCAGCAGGCGCUCCCCAUGUCAAGAUCUGGUUCCGCCCCAUUAGUGGAUCAACAACCGGGGAUUAGGGGGUUACCACCGGCUCCAUUGGUGACCUCAGGUGCUAGCGUUCAACACCUAUCUAGAUCCAGUUCAUCAAUUUUGCAAAUACCACAAUCCCCCAAUAAAGAGGUGACAUUAGACAAUUUGAGCAGUGUUCCAUCGUAUGAAAAAGCAAUUAAAUCAGAAUCUGCAGGCAAUGAUUUACCCCCUGUGUAUCCAGCAGAUGAAAAUCCUUCGCACGAUAGGAAACACCAUUUGGAAAGGCCUCAAGUUGUUCAUCACAGAUCAAGUUCUUCACUGUUGAGUAAAAAGAGUAAUUCAUCAAUUCCUAGUCCUCAACCAUCGCAGGCGGCAUUGGUUAGAAGAGGUAGUUCUAGUUCAAGUUCUGGAAUUCCACCCCCACUACAGCCUCACGCGGAUUCACCAUCAAAUGGUCCGGCUCAUAAUGGUAAAAAUCAAACGGUUAAUAAGCACUUCUCCUUUGGUAUGACACCAGUGGGGUCUUCUUCAUCUACUGGAAGUUUCCCCUUGAAGAGAAGUUUAUCAAAGGGUAGUUUACAUGAAAGAUCUAGUUCAUUGAACAAUUUAAGAAGUCUUUUGAAAAAUCAUAAAAAAUAA